GCACACCGGGAUGUUUUUGUCAGCAAAAUGUCAUUUCGAUUUCGAUCGUUCCUAGGGAAAAAUUGUUUUUAAAAGGAAAAUUGUCUAUAAAAUGGCAACAGCAACAUCCAGGAAAAGGCGGAAUGAAAUCAAUCAAAAGAGUGAUACUUCGACUACGACUGUGAAGGAAUUGUCGCCAGAGAAAAAUACUUUUUCCUGCAUUAUCUGCAACAAUGAGUUCAGCGAUCGUGAAGAGCUCCGGAAGCAUUUUUUGAAGCACGGAAGCAACGAAAUUGACUAUCGUGGACGCCCAAAGCCAACACAGAAGGCAUUAGCGAAGAAUAUUCAUCCAGCAGCCAAGAAUACAGCCAUACAGUGCGAAUGGUGUCCGGAAAAAUUCCCAAAUAUCUCCCAAGCCAUUCAGCACAAGCAUCGGAAGCAUAAUAAUGUAGCCACGAAUUAUCACUGUGAAUUCUGUGGCAAGUUGUUUCCCUUCCGGAUUUCACUGAUUCAGCACCAAUUCAACUGCCUGAAGCAAACGGAUGUUCCAAUGAUGGGUAUGCCACAGACAACUUACAAUUGUGAAACCUGCUCAGCCAUAUUCCUCACGAUGCAGGCAAAAUUGGCCCACGAGCAGAAAUCCCAUUUUGCCGAAUAUCAUCGCACGACAAUUGUGCCUCCUCCAUCCAAGAAGCUCAAACGGAUGAACGACGGAAACUUCUAUUCCAUCUACUUUUGCUAUCUGUGCGGAGCUGAAUAUUCAAUGAAGCACAACCUCAAGACACACUUGGAGAAGCAACAUACUCUGGAGCAGAGAACAAUGUUCCCUGCCAAUGGGAUCAUAAAGUGCAAGGUCUGCGAUGCUAUUUUCCACACAAAGAAUGCCUAUCGUGUCCACAAUUUGCAUCACAAAAAGGACGAUGUAAUUAUAAAGUCGGAAGCAGAGAGAAUGAAGUUGGUACAGCAUGUUGACCAGGAUAUUGAUAUUACGAGAAUUGUGCCCAAUCCCAAACUCCCAAAAACGAUAAGUCUAACAUACCAGGGAAAGAUUUCCAAAAUAGUAAGCCAAGGAGAAACGUCUGCAGAAAAAUCUGCAAAAAAUAAAUAAAUAAAUUUGACUUAAUUUAAUUUUACAAUAAAAUAAUAGACUUUUUUUUGAUUAUGCAUA